AGUACUUGGCCGUUAUACUACCACCAGCUCAAAAACGAAUCGCAGCCACAUACCAACACUCAAAAAAUUCAGUAUUGAAGCAGGGACAGUACUUCAUUGAAUCUUUAAAUUCAAGACUGUGACCAAGUAUAGGUUUUCGAGGAUUUAUAGGUUGUAAUUUAAUCAAUGUCAACUUCUUGUGCCACUGUUGGAACUGAAUGGUUGAAUCCUGUAGGUACCAGAUUAGCUUUGCCUGGAAGAAAUAAUCAUUUCAGGAAAUGCGAAUUGAGUAGAAGGGGUUUUACUUUUAAUGGUAUAGUUGCUGCUGGAGCUUCAGUUAUGACUACUUCUGUAGUUGCUGAACCCUCUAAAGGUUUGGAGAGAUUGCCAUUUAAGCCAGAGGGGUAUAACUAUUGGACGUGGCGCGGCCAUAAAAUUCAUUAUGUAGUGGAAGGAGAAGGAUUUCCAGUUGUUCUAAUUCAUGGAUUUGGUGCUUCUGCCUUUCACUGGAGGUAUAACAUACCAGAACUGGCUAAAAGAUACAAGGUUUAUGCUCUAGAUUUGAUAGGAUUUGGUUGGAGCGAGAAGGCACUAAUAGACUAUGAUGCAUUCAUUUGGAGAGAUCAGGUUGUCGACUUCUUGAAGGAAAUUGUGAAAGAACCAUCAGUUUUAGUGGGAAACAGUCUUGGAGGAUUUACUGCUCUGAUAGCAGCAGCGUCACUCACUGAUGAAGUCAAGGGAGUUACACUGUUGAAUAGCGCAGGACAAUUUGGGGAUGCCAGCAGUGCAGCUGAAGGAACUGAAGAAACAGCCUUACAGAAAUUUAUCCUAAAGCCACUAAAGGAAAUCUUUCAACGUGUAGUCCUUGGAUUAGUAUUCUGGCAAUCAAAGCAACCAGCUCGUAUUGAAUCUGUUCUGAAGAGUGUCUACAUAAAUUCUUCAAAUGUGGACGAUUAUCUCAUCGAUUCAAUUACCAGACCUGCAGCUGACCCAAAUGCAGGGGAGGUUUAUUACCGAUUGAUGACACGAUUCAUUUCAAACCAGAGAAAGUAUACACUUAACAGUGUGUUGAGACAACUUUCUUGCCCAUUGUUGUUGCUGUGGGGUGACCUAGACCCUUGGGUUGGUCCUGCCAAAGCCAAUCAGAUUAAGGAGUUCUAUCCAAACACAACCAUUGUUAACCUGAAAGCAGGUCAUUGUCCCCACGACGAAGUUCCAGAACUAGUGAAUGAAGCUUUAUUAGAUUGGUUGUCAGCCACGAUAACACCAGCGUCUUCUCUUGAAACAGUAUCAGAAACUUAGCUUCAGCAUUACCCUUACAUAUGCAGUGAUUCAUAUUGUAAAAUAUACUGUAUAAUCCUCCAACAUACAAUCUGAUUCAUAAUUUAUAGGAGAUUUUAGUAGGUUGAUUCAACCUGAUAAUGAAGUCAGCUUGAUCCAAAGAGUUCCACAUCUUCUCUAUAUUGUAUUUUUUUUAAUUGAAUAGAAAGAAGAAAGUAUGGAACUGCAUUUGUAUUA